AUGUUUUUCAAAUUCUCCAUCACCCUGCUCGCCAUCAGCAGCGGCGUUAUGGCCUACACAAACAACUGCAAAGGAUCCACCAAUUCGCCUCUCAUCGCCGAAUGCCGCGAUGCCAUUGCCAACAACAUCAACGCAGGCCUCACCUACAGCCACGACCAAGAGUUCUCCUACGGAACCUGCUACGUCAAGUACGCAACGAAUGACAAGGCGAGUGUCUCACACCCUGUGUCUGGUCAGAAAAUCAAGGAUGUAGCAACGCGCAUCCUAAAUGAAUGCGGACAUCACAAAGGCAGCUUCGGGACGGACAACUGUGACGGGUGCCAUGUCACGGUCAACUAUAAGGCGCGUUAA